AUGAGUGGGGGCUGGAAUACUAUCGAGUCCGAUGCGGGCGUCUUCACAUACCUCCUCGAGAACCUCGGCGUAAAAGACGUGCAGUUCGAAGAGCUCCUCUCCCUCGACCCUUCCUACCUCUCCGCCCUCCACCCCGUAUACGGCGUCAUCUUCCUCUUCAAGUUCCCCACCGACCGCCCCUACGCCGGCGCUUCCGCCCCCACGAUGGCUCCUACGACGAAGCCGCCUCCGACAGCAUCUUCUUCGCCCACCAAACCAUCCAAAACGCUUGCGGCACCCAGGCCCUCCUCAGCGUCACUUUGCCGGCAUGCUCCCCCGGACAUCCGCGGCGAGGCCCUCAGCAACUCGGAGCUCAUCCGCGAGGACGGCGAGCCCGACGACGCGUUCCACUUCAUCGCCUACCUCCCCGUCAACGGCAAGCUGUACGAGCUCGACGGCUUGCAGCCCUCCCCCAUCUCCCACGGCGACUGCGACGGCACCACGGAAGACUUUGGCGCCAAGGUCAUGGACGUUCUCCAGAGGCGCAUCGCCCGCUACGACGCCUCCGAGAUCCGCUUCAACCUCCUCGCCAUGGUCCGGGACCGCCGCAUCGCCGCGCGCGAGAUCGGCGACCUCGACACCGUCGAGGCCGAGGAUAGGAAGCGCGAGGCUUGGAUGUUUGAAAACGCCCUGCGCAGGCACAACUUUGUCGGCUUCGCCGGCGAGGUUCUCAAAGGUGUCGUAAAGGAAAAGGUGGCCGAGGGCAAGUUUGACAGCUGGGUCAAGGACGCCACCGCAAAGAGAGAGGAGGAGUGGCUAUCCAUGGACAAGGUUCGGAAGAAGAGGAAGCAGCAGGGCGGUGGCGACGUCGAGAUGGCUGGUUGA